CGACGGCCGUAUUAAAGCUUUGAGAGCAGAUUACGAGGACAGGUGUUGCUCCGCAGACUGCAGCCCAUUUGUGGGUCAGUUAGUGAAACUGUCCGUCUGGAUGAUUCCGCUGCGGAUUUCUACUGAACUGAAAAUUGCGUAGGAACUAGCAGCGGUGGUGGAUUAUGAGUGAGGCGUCUGGAACGAAGUCUCAGGAGGAAUAUGAAGACGACUUUGAGAAGGAUCUGGACUGGCUGAUCAGCGAGGAAGGACACAGCGAGGAGCAGGGUCCCGACUACGAGGACAUCGAGGCGGAAAUCGACAAAGAACUGGAAGAAGACGAGAAGUUAAAGGGGGUAAAAAGAAAACAGAAAAGAGGGAAUAAAAGUGAGCAGCUGGAGGAAGACGAGGAGAGGUGGCCGUCGCCGAUGGAGCCGCUGGAGUUCGAUUCGGACCGAGACAGUCCGAGCAAGUCGCCGCCGAUUAUCCCUCCUCCUCCGGGGAUGGAUGAGCAGACGGACGAGGAGAAGAAGUACAUCCUGGAGAAGAUCCAGCAGGCGAACCGGGAGCUGCAGGACCAGGAGGCUCCAGACAUGACGAGAAGAAGGAGGCUGCAUUUCAAAGAGACGCUGGUGGACCUCGUGGUUCUUCCGGAGAAAGACGGCAAGGAGGCGGAAGGAGGAAAAACCAGAGCGGAGGCGGAGAGCGAAGUUUCAGGGAAGUUUUCCGAGUUGAAACUUUCUCCUCGAGAUGAAACGAGGAACAACGAUGGAGGUCAGGAGUUUAAGGAGGGCCGAGUCCUCGUGGAGAAGGAUGGGAAGUUUGAUCUGGUCAGCCUGAAGGAGGUGGAGAGUCAAGGCCUCCUUCCUCCCAUAACUAACUUCAGUGACUAUUCACACUCCUCCCAGCAGAAGAUCCACACCUCCUCGUCCUCCUCUCUCCGUCAGAGCAUCGACCACCUCCGAGCCCCCAGACCUCCAGCCCAGCCCCGGAGCAGACCCAGCUCGGCCUGCCACGGCCAAAGAGGCGGACAGAAUAGGAGCAGCCGGCGGCGGGUCCAGUCGGCCACCGGAGCCCCCUGCCAGGCCACCUAUACCCUGUCGGCCGAGCAGAAGGAGCUGCUGCAGAAGGUCCAGGAGAGGAGGGAGAAGGUGGCCAGAGAGGCGGAGCAGAGGAAGCGUGAGGAAGAGGAGCUAAAGAGGCAGGAGAAUGAGCUGGCCUUCAAAGCCUGGCUGAUGAGGAAGAGGGAGCAGCUGCAGGAGGAGAGGAGGAUCCACCGAGCCCAGAAGAUAGAGAGGAUGACCUCCACGAAAGACUCCAGUGACCCGGAGGACGCCUUCAGGUCGUGGCUUCAGAGGAAACAGGAGCAGCAGCAGAAGGAGAAGCAGCUGGUGGAGCUGAAGAGGCUGGAGGAGGACAGUAGUUACCUUCUACGGAGCCGAGAGGAGUGUGAACGUGCCUUCAAACUCUGGUUAAGGAGGAAACGGGUGGAAAAGCGAGCCGAGCAGCAGGCGGCCCGAGAACGGUCCAGGAGGCUGGUUCUGGAGGAGCGACGAGCCCGACGCAUGAAGGACCUGCUGUGUAUCAAUGAAACAAAACCGUUCAGGUUCAAUGACCAGCUCGUCUACCGGUUCUGAUCCAAACACAGAACCUCAGAACCAAACACAGACAGUCAGAACCAACGUAGAACCAAACACAGACCCUUAGAACCAACAUAGAACCAAACACAGACAGUCAGAACCAACAUAGAACCAAACAUAGACCCUCAGAACCAACAUAGAACCAAAUACAGACCUCCAGAACCAAACAUGGACCCCCAGCAGCAAACACAGAACCAAACACAGACCCUCAAACCAAACACAGACCCUCAGAAUCAGCAUAGACCCAAACACAGACCUCUAGAACCAAACAUGGACCCCCAGAACCAACACAGAACCAAAUACAGAC